AUGGCGUCCCCUGAUUCUAUACAUUUUGAUAAAGCACCAGUAAACACCCAACUAGCUGAGGAAUACUUGAAAACUAAAUCAGAAAUACAUCCAAGAGGAUAUAAAGAAAAUGGUUCAUAUGAAAUGAAUGCAUUCAAUAAUAAAAUAUUCUUUUCUGACAUUGAUACAGAACCAGAUAGGGUUGAAAAUGUAACAAAUAUAUCAAGUGAUAAAUUAGCAUUUCUGUCGGAUACACCAUUGGCUGUCCUCGGUUUUGUCAGCCAGUCACUUUUGUGUGAUAUUCUAAAUAAGUCUAAGAUGAUAACAAUAAUAUGUGACAAACAAACCGCGGUCAUUGGCUCACUGUUUGUAGACCUGUGCCAUGAAGCUGAUCUUUUGCAUGUGAAGCUGCUUAUAGUGUCAGACAGCACCAACUGCUCUAAAUAUGAUUUGCUGAAAGUGUCAGAACUUAGUAGCGGUUGUAUCGGAGUAGUCAGCAACAGAAGUGAUGUCGAUUCAGCUGUUGAUACAUUUUUAUCAUCUUCAACUUGGUAUCCAUGGAGAAUAAAGAAGGUUUUCAUUCAAGAAUCUGCGUUGAAGAGAUUUACGUCAGCAAUGAAAUGGAAGACUCGAGGUAGUGGGAGUGACGUCACGACCUGUGAAGUCUCUUUCAGUCGGGAGGAAAAGCUGUUCGUGCUGGAGCCGGGCAGCGUGCGUCACGACUCACACCAGCUUGUCGUACUAGAAGCCUAUAGAACUGUCAAGGAACUGCUAACUCUACUUCGAAACGAGAGGCCAUUCGCUAUCUCGCUCUGGUGCAGUGAUUUAGCUGAGACAAACGAGAUCGCACACCACGUGGACUCCAACAUAGUAUGGGUCAACGAUCACGCCAACUUCCAAGGACCUCCGCGAUCCUCGCAGGCGUUCUAUUCGGUCAUAGAUUUGUUCUACAGCUCCGUGAAGGUACCGCACCUACCGGAGAUGGACCGACUCGAAAAGCUCAAGGAGACCUGGCUGAGUCGCAGCCCAGAACAGAGGGAGGCUGUGUUGAUGGAAGAGGCACACAAACAUAUUUUCGCGUCCACAAUACUCGAGAAAGAUUUCCAAGACAACUAUGUACGCGUCACUGACAACAAUGUCAUAAUGGGGACCAUUUUUCCUGGGGGGGUCUGGCUGGUGAACUUUUCUAAUAAACUAAUCGAUAUGUCGGUGAUCAACUUCGUGAUGAAGGGCGGCGCCCUGCUGGUCAUACACAUGAUUGAUGAUGAAGACAUCGAUGAAUUCUUUAAAAACGUAAAUGAAACGAUUGAACUCCCUGUGGUUUAUGUAAAGGAGGUGCAAAGUGAUGGACGGGAAGUGAAUGUACUGUGGAAGCCGUGCUACAAACAUAAAGUUAUUUGGACCAACUAUGGAACUAUAUUUGCCAACUGA